UAUAUGUCUUUAUUUACGUAAACAACACUCAGUGGCAGAGGAGCUAUGACCGUUGAUUUCUGUUUGGGAGUUAGGACAAUAGCAAACAACGGUCAAAAUCAAUGUCUGACUCUGACUAUUCUAGUGGUAUUUUUGUUAUUUCACCCAACCGCAGAUUUAGUUCUCUCUCCUCCACCCCUUGACUCCCUCUCUGUGAAAGCACGUCUUCCCCCGUAACUAAAAAGUAAGAACCCUAAAUCUUCCACUCUGCGACAGACAAUGCCUCAAUCUUUCAACAAAACUCAACUGAUUCUCCGCCAUGGAUUCAUCCUCUAAAAGCUGGAGUAUCUAUAGCCCCACCGAGAUCCCUCAACAGUACAAAAUCCUCAAAAAAAUCAGUUCUGGAGCUUACUUUGAUGGUUACAGAUCUCGUCGACGCUCGGAUGACCUUAUUAUUGCUCUAAAAGAAGUUCAUGAUUAUCAAAGCGCUUUCAAAGAGAUCGAAGCUCUUCAAAUCCUCCAGAAUUCCCCUAACAUUAUCGUCCUCCUUGAGUAUUUUUGGCAGGAAGACGAAGAUGCGGUUCUUGUCCUUGAAUACCUAAGAACUGAUCUCGCAUCCUUGAUCAAAGAAGCUAAUAGAAACUGGGAAAACGGAAUCUCCGUCUGUGAGAUCAAGAGCCGGAUGAUUCAGAUAUUGCAUGGCAUCAAUGUUUGCCACAAGAAUGUGAUUGUUCAUCGGGAUCUAAAGCCCUCGAAUUUGUUGAUUUCUUCGGAUGGUGUUCUCAAAUUAGAUGAUUUUGGACAGGUAGUCAGGAUACUUUUAGAGCUUGGGUUUGCUGCUAUGGAAGAUCAUCCAGAUGGGAAAAAUAUUCUGGAUCAGACAUGGCCACCUCAACAGCCUGAAUUUAUUAAAAAAGUAGAGAAUUCAUGCACAGAAGGUUCUCAAAACCAAGAGCAAAUGACUAUGAUGAAAACUGAAUCUUCGAGAGAAAUUGAUGGCCUCACAGCUAAGGAUGAUGGUGAUAAAGAGAGUAUUUUUCAUAAUGGAGACACGUCUUGUCUCGCUACAUGCACCACUAGUGACAUGGAAGAAGAUCCUCUCAAGGGUUCUUAUUCCUAUGAAGAUGAGGGUGGAGAAGACGGAUCAGGUGUCCUAACAUCUUGUUUUGAAACUCGAUGGUUCAGGGCCACUAAACUACUCUAUGGAUCUACAUCCUAUGGGCAAGAGAUCAAUCUGUGGUCAUUGGGCUGUAUUUUUGCAAAGCUUCUCAAUUUAGAGCCUCUUUUCCCUGGAACAUCAGACAUUGAUCAGCUUGGCAGGAUCAUGAAUGUGUUAGGUAACUUAACUGAGGAAACUUGGCAAGGUUGUUCAAGACUUCCUGAUUAUGGGAAAAUAUCCUUCAGUAAGAUUGAAAAUCUGCUUUGUUUGGAAGCAUGCCUUCCAAACCGUUCCUCUGUGAAGAGACUUGUUUGCUAUAAUCCGGGGAGCAAAGCUACCGCAAUGGAAUUGCUCAAUGACAGGUACUUCAAUGAGGAACCUCUACCAGUUCCUGUAAACGAUCUGAGGAUUCCUUCUACAAAUAGUAGGCCAGAUGAGAGCUCUCCUGGGGUAUGGUGUGAGUACAAGGACAAUGAUUCAGAUUCUGAUUUUGAUGAAUUAAGCAGGGUGAACAUUUCUACAACUGGUACUAGGUUCUCCGUUCGAUUCUCUCAAGCAUAGAAUUUAAUUAGUAUAUGUUAAAUUAUACAUCCUGCAUCAAUGAUUGGUCCUUCUUGUAUCAGUUCUUGAAGAUACAAAACUUUCAAUCAGGAUCUGUGUCGAAGAACUGUUUUAAUCCAGGUGAUGUAAUAUAAAUAGACAAUUUAACAGAUAACCCUUGAAUUCUUAUGUAGAUUGAAUUUGCCGGCCUUUUGAUGUUGCAGCAUUUACCGAAAUAUACUUAAUAAGGAGAGUCUCGAGCUGCGAUUGAUUCAA